AAAACAGUAAGAGGGAAGAGGAACUCUCAGACGACAUCAAGCUUCAGAACUGUCAACUCAGAGUAUUUUCCUCCAGAUUAGACUUAAGUUUUUGUUGGCUGGUGAAAAAAUUAUACAACAUUUAGCUUAAAUAUACAUAACUGAACAGAACAGACAAGGGUGGAAAAGAACUGACAUUACAUCAGAUCUGCACAUCUUGUCCUGCAUUUGUGUUAAGGAUCUCCAGGUCAAGAUGUCUAAAAAGAAAAACUCUGCUCUAGACACUAGGAAAAAAGGAGGAAAAGCGCCACCAGACGUGUCUUUCGAUGAUGUAGUGAAGGAUUUGUUCAAAUAUUUUAAAGGUUUAAAAGGCUUACAGGAUGCUGAAAGUGAGAUAGAAAAGAAAUAUAACAUUGACAAAAACAAAAACAAAACAAAAAACAAAAACAAUAACGAAAACGAUUGGAAUGAGGAUGAUGUUAAAAAAGCAUGGGGGAAAACACAACGGAUGUAUAAAUACUCAAGAAGAAGAAAAACCUGGUCUCUUGCGAUAAUCUGUCACGCAAUAUCUGACAUAACUCUAAAUAAAACCAAUUGUUCUUGUGAAAAAAUAGAAGACAUAAAUGUGGGGCCAAACGCAGGGACAGAAAGGAUCUUGCAAGCAAGACAUGUAAUAACUCAAAAUAACACAGAGAAAAGGUCUUAUCAUGAUUUCCUGAAAAAUGAUGACAGUACCAUGGAUGAGCCGACAAAGAGUCAAAUGUCAAAUGCAGCGACAGAAAGUCAAAACUUCACUUGUGAAAAUUCACCAAACACAAAUGAGGAGGCAAACGCAGGUACAGCAAAAAAGGAAUGCACAUCGAAUUUGAAACGUGCAGUGAAAAAACCCGAAACUGGAAUUAAAAAAAUGUGUGGAAAUAGAACUUCAAACACCUCUAGAAAAUUUGGAAGCUAUGCGGACCCUCAAACAGUCUAUAUACGGAUACCACUUUCAUUGUUGGAUGUAUCACAAGGAAUCAUUUCCCAAAAAGCAGAGAAAAAAAGCUAUAAACUGAUCGACGGAGUUCCCUCGCUUACUCAAACCAUGAAGAAAACAUCUUAUGUUGUGCAAUAUGACAAUCGAACAAAGAAUCCUGCAUGGGUGUUUGAAAUACUAAACAAACAAUCUUUAGAACCAAAAGAUCCCAUAGAGAAGCCUAUACGCUCAAACAACUUUUUUCAGGACUUCAUGAUUCAUGAACAUUUUACAACACCUCACAAUGUAAGUUAUGAGGACCCUUACGUUAAAGGUCAUAUGGCUGCUGCUUUCAACCACAAUUGGAGCCAGAAAGCGAUGGAUGAUACAUCCUUUAUCAGCAACAUAGCACCUCAGAACCAAAACUUAAACAAGAGCGCAUGGCAUAAGUUGGAAAAUAAGUGUCGAGCAUACACCGAAGAUUAUAAUAAUGUUUAUGUGUACACUGGUCCACUUUACUGCCCUCCAGACCCCAACAUUGAUACAAUAACAUAUCAGAUUAAAGGAGGUAAAGCUGUUCCAACUCAUUUCUUCAAGGUGAUAAUUCUGGAAAAACAAGAUGGAACACUGGAUGUAAAAUGCAAUAUAGCGGACAAUGCCGAUGGACAAAUAUAUGAGGAUAUUAAACUUGAUGACAUAGAGAGAUUAUCUGGACUGGUGUUUAGUGAAAAGAGUCAUUUGGUGAGCAAUGAAGAAAGAGUGACAGUGAAGUGGACAGCACGAGAAGAAACAGGUAAAAAGCACUUUAUAGAAACAACUUUUACAUUAACCCCUAGUCAGGAUUCAAAGGAACAUGUCUUCUAAGGUCUGGGGAGAGUACCUGUGAUGAAGAAACACCAUAGUGUUUAGAUUCAUCGCUGUCUGCAUAACUCUCUUUAACCAAUUCAGAGGCAAGUAAGUCAAUGAAUCAAAGCACACCAUGUUCUCAAGUGUAUUACACAACUACCUUGAUUCUUAAGGGUUGGUUAGUAUAAUUCCUUUAGAUUCUGAUCACUAGAAAUAUUCCACAUGGUCAAUAAUGACAUGCACCAUUGUACCAAUAUUUCUGUCCAUCACAAACUAGAAGGAACAACAGAAAACCCACCUGUUCUGCCUUCACCUGAAUAUGACCCUAACUGUCAACUGUGAGCAGGCAAAAAGUAGCCAUGUUGUUCAUUUUUCUUUAAAGCUUUGACUCUGUUCCUUCAUGUAAAUACAGCUUUGUAGACUAGCUUAUUGUUGACCUCUUAUACAAGAUGUUAAAUGCUCUCUCACUUGUAGUUUGCUUUGGAUAAUACCAUCUGCAAAAUGAAUACAUGUAAUCUGUGAAAAUAUAUCUCGUCUUUUUCUAACACAUGAUAUUGAUUAUACCAUUUAUAUAACUGUUUCUGUCAUUAUGAUGUAACCUGAUGGCAUGUGUUUCACAAGUAGACACAAUAGACAGAACAUCUGUUGAAGAAAACUGAUGAAGGUUGUUUGACUUUGUGUAGCCUGUGAUUGUUUUAAUAGAUAUUCACCUGAUAUCUGAUACUCAUUUAUUCUGCAUGUAUUCAAUUCAAUAUUGUAGUUCUCUGUAAAUCCUUUAGCGAUAUCAGUUUUAAUUCAGCAUUAAAAUAUUUUCAUUUUGGAA